UAUUCCUAGUCUUGUCACUGUGGUAAAAGAGCCAGUAUCUUCGAAACAAAGCUCACACCUAGCUACGUACGUCGUGCCUUCGCCGAAACGCCCUGACCCACCCAAUGGCUCCCGUUUGGCUCCCGGUGAUUCUUCUCGCGUGUUGUGCCCUUGUGCAUAGCUCUUACGGCUCGAGACCAUCUCCAUUGGGGUCGCAGAAGCCCGGGGUCCUGUCUCCGACGAUGGUUCACCGCGCCGUCGAGGUGGAACCACUCUGCCACGACGACGGAGCGACCGAAGUCCGACCCUCGACGGAGGAGGGCCGGACCGGUCACCAUGGAGCAAACGCUGAUGAUGGCGGUUCCUUUGCAACUUCGGCGAUGGGAGGGGCUGGUGUUGUGUCGUCGGAGCAGAGGAAGGGUACAAGGGCGCCGGUGUUGCCGCGGGCGCUGGGCUCGAAGCUGGUGCGGCGGGUCCUGGGAGGGGAGGCGGAGGACUCAGCGGCCGGGCCGUCGUGCCACUCCAACAACGCGCACAUCACUUGUGCCCCGCCGGCGCAGCACUGACAGUGACCGGGCCGGGUGCUUCUUGCAGUAGUUUGGCAGCAGGAGCUAGCUAGUCCCAGCUGAUUCCUUCGUCCCUUGAUGCUUUCCUGUAAAUUAACAGUAGCUCUUUCGAAC